AUGGCGCUCCUGCAGUGCCUCGCGCAUGACGCUGCUGCCCUCGUCGCGCGGCUGUCUCUCCUGCUGACGCCCACGACCGCAGCGACGGCUGCACCUGUGGCGAGCUGCAGCACCUGUGGCGCACGGCAGCUGCGUACCCGCCCACACACCGCAGUAACUCCUGGCGUCCGGCUUUCUCCUUCCUGCCGAGGUGACGUACGGGAGCAGCUGCAACUGGUACACAAGCACCUGGCGGCUGCUCAUGCACUUGGCGGCUGCUCUUGCUCCUGGCGGCUGCUUCUGCUCCUGGCGGCUGCUCUUGCUCCUGGCGGCUGCUUUUGCUCCUGGCGGCUGCUUCUGCUCCUGGCGGCUGCUUCUGCACCUGGCGGCUGCUGCAGCAAACCACCGGGCCUGCAGCAGCUCUCCCUGAUGCGCUGGCCGCUUGCACUGGUGCAGCUCCAGCACUGGGUGGCAGCGGUAUCAGCAGCACCUGUGUCACCUGGCAGGCAUGUGAAGUCUUGA